AGAAAAACUCGAAUAGGAUAUGAGGCUGGACACAGUAGAAACCUUCUCCCUCUCAAUAUUGGCAAAUGUAGGGUGCGAAUAGUAAACAUCAGUGAUGCUCUACUCAUCCCAUAGUUUCUAUAUGAUAACAGUACCAUAAUUUCAGUUUCUAGAAAGGGAGCGGACCUCGCUCUGUGUUGUAUUCCAGGUGCCUCUUCCCACUGGUAUCAUGAAGCAACAAAGUAUACCAUAAACUGGGGUUUCUUCCCAGAAUAUUACGUAGCAUUUAGAACGGCUUUCAUUGUUUACUCGAUAGCUCACCCGGAGAAGCACAUCUGCACAAUAUCUUCCAACCUUGAGAACGAGAUUGCCUUCUUGAAACGUGUUUAAAGAAUGGAAAGUAAGGUGUUGGAAUCAAAAAAUAAAGUAUACAUACCUCGUCUGAAAGCUUUAUAUUUGCAAUUUGUGAAACACAGAAGGAUUAAGGAGAUAUAAACGUUAUGUGUCGUACCACUGACAAUCUUUUUCAUCACGAAAGAUCGGUUAUGCAUUUUAGUACUAAUUUGUACUUAUGAAGACUUCUAUUUAUUCCAAAACACGAAAUAGCCCGUACAAAAUCCGUGCAAACACUUCGUUUCCGUAAUAAAUCAACUUCGCAAUUUCUUACCAGAAAUGACUGCGAUUUCGUCUUUAAGAAAGUUUUUAAAAGGAAAGUUCAAUGUUUACUUUAGUUCUGUAGGUACUGGGGGUGUUCAUCUUUACAAUUUAUUGACUAGGUUUUCCCCUUCAGUAACAAGAGAAGCAUAGUAAGAAUCAUAUUUUCUCAUCAUUAAGAACGCUCUCUUCUAAUAAAGAUGCAGAUCCCAUGGAGCAUACACUUCGCGUUUACUGUUAUAUAAAGUUUGGAAGUAAGAAGCUUGAGACAUUGAAUAUUGAGGCAGAACUCUAUUGACGAGGCACGAAUUCGAUUAUUUUGCUGGUUACUGUUUUCUAACCAUCUCAUGGAAUGAUUGUAACAGUGCAAUAUAUACCUGUCAAUUAUGAAAAUCUAGUUUAUUGACGUGCAAAGUAUUUUGUCAGAUAUAAUAUUAUUAGCAUCAUUCCCAACAACAUUCUGUCAUAAUAUAAAAAUACGUCUAAUUUCACUGUUUAACCAAACUUCUGAUGUCAAAGAUAGCCCAUGGAUAAAGGCAAAGUAAUAUUGAUACCAGGAUUACCAGGUUGGGGCUUGACUGACGGGUACUGGGAAAGUGCACUAGACAGUUCCAUUUUCCCCACUAGUCUUUCAGUUUCGUCUGUUGACCCAAGUCCUAUAGCUUCCCAUCACGACAGAGCUUGUGAAAUAUUUGCGCAGAUAACCGGUACGUUGGUGGAUUAUGGAUCAGGACAUUCACAAUUUUUCGGACAUUCCCGCUGGGGUAAGGAUUAUAGUAAAAUACCUCCAGUGUACUUAGAAUGGGGGCCUUCAAAUCCCGUUCACCUUGUGUGUCAUUCUACUGCUAUAAAUACAGCCAGAGUUCUUCAAAGGCUUCUCGAAAUCGAUUUUUGGAAUAAAGGAACCAGUGCUAAGUGGAUUUUGUCAAUUACGUCCAUUAAUGGUGCACUCAAUGAAUGUGCUCUAUCAGAUGUGAUUAACAAAGAAAUUUUACGUCUGAUUAACGGAAAAUUUUUGUGCAAAGAAUGCAAAAAUCUUGGAUGUUCAGCUUGUAUUCAUAUAAAGGUUCAGAAGGCAGCAAAAAUACUUCGUCGAGGUGUCAUAUGGGCAGCCAUGUCAAAACUAAAACUAGACUCUGAACAACUUAAUCGAGCUUUAAACUGGUCCAUAGAUCACUGGGUUUCUGAUACUAGUAAUAGUCUUCAAUUUCUGUCUGGGGAGGAAGUUUUGAACAAGUUGAAUUCUAGUUUGAAGUGUGGAAUGUUUAGUUCGGGUGAUAACAUAAUUUAUGACCAGACGCCGGAGGGUAUUUUAAAGCUUCAAGAAAUUCUCCACAAUUCAUCGAAUAUUAAGGGCUCCUUGAAGUGUGUUCCGGAUUUCAUCUACAAUGAUACAUUUUAUCUUUCUCUAUUUUCCAGUGCAACUAUGUCGUCUACUCUUUACAUACCCUCUGAAAUGUCGCCGAUAUUAUGGCCAUUUUCUGCUAGCCUUUUAGAUAAAACUAAUGACAACUGUCUUGAUGAUCAUACAAAGGAAGCAAUAUAUAAGAUACAGAAAAUAAGCACCGAUGUGGACCCAUUAAGAGACAAUGAUGGUCUGGUUACUGUAAUAAACCAGUGUAUACCGCGUGGAGCUGAAUCAUUUGUUGAAGUGUUUCCAAAACAAGAAUGUUUGUUGUCACUUCAUGAAAGUAUAAAGCCCGGAGUAUGGUACAUCGACAAUGUAAAUAGAUGGAUCGAUGGAAUUCAGAAAAACGAGUCUCAUCUUGAUGUCGAUUGUGAAAAUACCAGUAAAACCAGUUGCAUAUCUAAUAAAAGAAGGUUCAAAUUUCUGUGGGACCAUUUUGAUGCUUGUUGGUCGAGAACUCUACUCAAAUCAUCUCAGGAACAAGUACCUAUUGAUUUUCAAAGAUCACUUUAUCGUAAUGUAUUUUCAUACAUUUCCUUUGUACACUUUUUCUCUAAUAACUCCUCUAAGUAAAAUAAGCUUUUUAUUACUUAUUUGUGUUCUACUGAUAUAUUUUAUCUAACCAAAGGUUCUUUCUCCAAAAGUAGUUUACGAGCGACCUGAAUUUAUUGAAUCAUGACUAAAACGCACAAUACACGGUAUAUAAAAAGAUGGAAUUUAUAUACUAAUUUUUGGACUAUUUUGAUAAUAAUAUAUUUGUUGAAAACAUAUUGUCUUUGACUGCAUUUCGACUUUUAACUAAUUCGAACUUAAGCUGUUCAGGUAUAUUGAGUGUUAUUUUUCCUGGCUUUUGAUAUUAUAAUCGACUUUGUGCUUCUAUUUUUUGUAAGAACUAACAUUUAUAAGUGUACCAUACGUUAUUUCAUGAUACAAGAAUUUGAAACAGCACGAAAAGCGAAGUCGAAAAGGAAGAAUUCAUAGAAACGGACAGGGAUAUAAACAUAAAUGGUCAAUGAGGAAUUUAAUGUGGAGUAGUGAAGAACUCAGAUACUAAUAAAUAUAAAGAGAUAAUGUAGCUGACUCGUGGAUUUGAAAUAACACGAAAUUUAUUAUUCUAUAUGAUACAAAAGGGGAUAAGUACGACCGGUUAAGAUAUUUUUUGGUUUUUUUUAAUAGUCUUUCCAGGAAUCGAUUCAUUAUAUGCUUUAUACAGUAAACGGAAAACUCAUGUGUGUUAACCUAAUAUAAAUGAACUUCAUAUGCCUAGUUUAAUAUCCUAUUAGCUGGUUUUUGCUUCCAAUAACGUCAUAACAGACGUUCCAAAUUAGGAUAAACUGUUAUUUAGACUGUUACAUUUUUCAAAUGAAUGACUCAUUGAGGGUUCAUGCUCCCAUUUCGUUACCUGCGUUUUUAAUUUUAAAGUGCACCUUACUCAUGUCUUUCACCACAAGUAAUCAAUGUCUAAAAAUAUCUACUAUUGAAUACCUAUUUUCUACGCAAAGUGCCUAACAUCAUUUCUCAAUUUCCAAGACAGUAGUUUAUAACAAAGUAGCCUAGAACAAAUAAUACUAUCACUCAGAUGGGUAUUGGAAUAUCUAGCUGGAAUCCAGAACUGAAGUAAUUAUCAAGUACCAGUAAGGAGCGGCUUAAAGCUAUAGAUUUUUUAUAAAGUAGAUUGAAACAUUUAUUGUAUAUUAAUGCAUAAUCUCUAUAAAGCUCCAAAAUAGUUCCAUUUUUCUAACCUAUCGACAAGUAAAUGGUUCAAUUGGGAAGAUUUUGAAGGCUCAGUUGCAUUUAUAUUUUUGAUUAUACUAACUCUGAGAAUAUAAUUUUAUUCGGUUGUGAAUAGUUGACUAGUUAUUUAUAACACUUACUAUAUGAGAUAAAACCGUUGGACCAAUCUACCAAGCUAUUCCAUUUCCUACAUGCCGUUUAUUUUGAACAUUUCAUGGCAAUUGUGAACCAACUAUCAGAUAUAUUUUCCAUUUAAAUACACUUUAGUGAGUAGAAAAAGUUUAUAUCUACUCCAGACUAGUUUACCAAUCAGAUGUACUUAUUUAUGUUUAUUUUAUUAUUUGGAAAUAAAAACUAGUAAGAUUACUUCCCUCUUUUCAUAAAGUUAGUGGAUGUAUGUAUGUGCAGUGCUCAGUACAGAAUGUCUGAUUUUCGUGUCUGUUCACUUAUCGUGUUGAUUAUAAUUAUGAAAAUCGCAGAUAACACCUUGGAUUGAAUGUUGAUACACAUAAUUGUAGUGUCAAUCUAUUUUUGAAAUGUUUUUGUCCCUUAGAACAUAUAUCGCCGAAAAUAGACAUACUAAGUAACAGUAAGAUGAAAGUGUGAAAACAUUUAUUUGGAUUACUCCUAGUUGUUUUCGUACAUAGUUUAUAACAUCGGCAAAAUAUUAAAGAACUAAUAGAAAUCCACAGCUACUGAGUACAUGUAAUGCCUUAUCUUUGGCUAGAUGCUUUUCAUUCAUCGUUGCAAGUCAUUUGGUGAACAUAGGAACCUUGUUAACUAAGAGGAAGUGAUUGUAAUUAUAACUUAAGAACUUGAUCAAUAAAACCUCGAAAAUAUAUAAACUUUAUUAAAUUCAUCUUAUAUUUGAUUCAGUAUAUUCAAACUCUAGAGAACCGCAAAGAAAUUUUGAAUGCUAUGCACUCUUGUUAACCUCUUUGCAUAUUGAAUAAUGCUUCUUGAAUAAACGUAAGAGUAUCAAAUAAUUAUAUAGGUUUAUAUCCCAGUAUAUGGAAUAAAACCACUCCCUUUUCUUUUCCUUAUGUUGCUGAAAAACAGACUCAUUUUUGAUCCCUUGGACAUUUUUGCAUCACACGGCCAUCUGUGCAAAUUAUUCACACCGUCUUGGUUUGGUGUUCAAAUAUAUCUGUUAUGGCCACCCAGUUCAAAUAUGUGGGCUGAAAACCCCGUUUAUUCGGGUCGACAAUGCCGUAGACGUUGGCUAGCAGGUGUGAAAACUGAUGACAUCAGCAAAGUCCUCCUGUCAGCCGUACUGGAGUGUGAUAGCAGUGAACCUUUCGUUUCAGAUAGCGAGCAUCUACGGCAGUGCUUCUUACAGCUAAGGGAGAUGGAAACUUUCAGUUCUAAUAAAGACACACCUCACUUUGCUUCGUGAAUCCCCAUCGCCCACGGAGGUAACAAAUUAAAACCUACUUAUAGAAGUACCAUAUAUGGUCAGUUGCGGUCAACUGUCCCUUGAGCACCACGGUGAAGCUCUCAUGUUUCCGACACCACUACUAAACUGAUUUCCUUUUCAAAUCCUCUGGGACAAAGUUCCUUUCAACGGUGUGAGCGGUCAGGAAGUGACAAUCGCCAUCAUAUCUUUAACAGCACCUAAAGUAGCCUUGUUUGCAACUAAGUUCCUUCCUUGUUCACUUUAAAAUCAGUUGAUCUAUUUACGACCUAAAAUAAACCCCCUCAAUAUCAAUUUUUAUGUUUAAUUAUUCUUCUAAAUUUAGUUGACCCAAACAGGUAUGUAAUAAUUUAUAAUUUUAAGUCAUAGAAGUGUCAUAUUAUAAAGAAUGAUAAUCUGAUUUCAUAUAACACUAAGAAAUCAAAUAUUAUUAGUAACUCUAAACAGUUAUUAUUAAAAAUAGUGUAAUCAUUGAUAUUUCAUUCAUAGCGUAGACAUGAAAGUUGUAGAUAAUGGUUGGAUUUUGGAAAUGUCCUUACUUAAUAGUCACAGCUUAGUGUAGCAUUUGCUCCUGACUGAUAAUUUCACAGAUAUCGCUCCCUUGAUCACCAGAUAAAAUGACCUAUGAUAACAAAGAAUUGCAGUCCCUUUAAUUGCAACUUUUAACUGUUCCAUAUGAUGUAUUUUGGGAGUGUUUCUUGGUAAAUCAUGCCUAAUCGAUAGAGAAUAAAAUGGUGUGAUAAAUAGUAUAGCCAUGGAUGUAUGAUAUUACUUUUAUCCUAUUCAAAUGCAUGAAGGUUCGAUUACUCUAGGGUUAAAACAAACUUUUUUGAAUUAGAUACAAGUACUUUAGAAACAUGGUACAAAACUAAAAAAAAACACUGAAUAUCAAAAAAUUCAUACUAUUACAACUUCAAAAAGCUAACUAAAAUCCUAUAAUCACUCAAAACAACUACAGCCUGUUCGAAAUAUUUAAUUUUUUAUUACUUCGAUAAUCAGUGUUAACUAGACUGGAAGGAGGGGCUGAAUGAUUUAUUUGAACGCUAUUUUAAUUUCUGAGAUUAUUUCAAAUACAAUUUUUACAUUCAACGCUAUUUCACUCCUUACAAAUGCUUAUUUCAAGAAAACAGUAAACUUUUUGUGUAAAAGGUAAACCGUACUAUUUUGAACAAUUCGACCCGUGAUUUCAACAUUUAAUUCAGAUUUAGUAAAGAAUUUACACGAGAAAGAGCAAUAGGCUAGUCAUAAGGGUUUCUGUUAGUAAACUACUUCAUAAUUAAAUCUAAGCAUACCGUACUUUAUUUUUGUGAUUGAGUGAUCUCAUCUAUACAUGAGGUCUAUGAGUAAUGUUCUCAUUAUCUGUGAUUGUUAAAGCUGCAAUUGUAUUAUUAUUCUUGAGUCCCUUAAGUAUUAUAUGCCGACAAAAUUUAUACUAGAAUUGGGGAGUGACUAGGAAUUUCACUUUCUAGAUACUUUGUUAGGAAAAAUCUAGGUUAGAAUAUUCAGACAACAGUUUACUCUGGUAUUUCUGAAUUUAUGCUUUAGUAAGUAUAAAACGGAACAUAAAUCACUUGUUAUUCUUGACAGUAUAAUUGAAUUGGUCUGGUCGUACAACCAACGGUAAAUUGAAGGAACCAGAAAAAGUACCUAUCAAAAAUAAAUGCUCCCUUAGAUUCACUAAUAAGAAUUGGUAACCAUAACAGUUUCUUCUCUGCAAAACCAAUAGGGACUAUUUAAUAGAGAACCAAACUUUGGAUUUUUCAUAAUAAUGAUGUUAAAACGAUUGGUAAUAUUAAAGGCGAGUUUAAAGUACCUGAUGAAAGUAAACUGAUUGUACACCGACCAAUUAGGAGAGACUUUUUGUUGCUUAUAAAGAAUUAUUAGAUUGAUUGGUAGGUACAUUAAAUAUUGUUACACAAGUAAUUGUAUUUUAUGAGAUAAAAUAUAUGAAUCAGCUCCUUCACUUGUGAUAUUGUCAACAACAAAAGAACAUUACUCUCCAUAACAAGAUACUACCAAUUAUCUGUUAGGUAAUAGACAGAAUGUCUAUUUUCACUUAGUGUUCUUUACUUGUAUCUUCCCAUUGUUAUUUAGGACUGCAAUUGAUCAGUCUCUUGUUGGCAUAUGUGCUUCCUGUGCGGACUGCCUCGAUAUUGCCUGAAGUUACAAGCUUUAUAAGCAAAGAUGGAUAGCGUCUAGCGAUAGGAUCCAUGACGCGUGUUUCGUCCUAUUUGGGACUCGUCAGCUGGAUGUACCUGCAUCCCAGAGUUGAUGCUCACUCCGGGACUCAAACUCAGUACCGUGCUGAUCAAUUACAGUCCUAAAUAACGAUGGAAAGAUAAAAGUAAAACAACACCCGGUGAAUUUAAACUUCACCCUGUUGCACAUGCAGGUGGCCAUCAGGACUCAGGAGCUAAGUAGAUAACGUGAUGGCGUUCGAAGCGAAUGGUACUGGGUCCGAGUCUCAGAGUGAACAUUAGUUCUGGAAUCCAGGCACAUUCGGCUGACGAGUCUCAAGAUAGUACGAAACGCGAGUCCUGGAUCCUACUACUAGACACUAUCCAUCUUUGCUUAUAAAAAAUGUCUAUUGUUAUCAUUUAGAAAGAUACAAAAAUAUCGAUCGACCUGAUCAAACCAGAAAACUUCAACUUUGAAUUUAGUAAUGAUUUAAUAAAUCAAGUGUCUUGACGAAUAAAAUACAUGUUUUUUUAUAAAAAAACGUUGGUGACUAACAAAAUUUGAGCAGAAUAUCCUUUGAAAAAAAACAUUGUUUCAUAUAGUUAACAUAAUUAUCAUUAAAAUUACUUAAUUGACAUUAUGAUAUUAUAUUGGCAACUACUCAGUAAGUUCCACAAAAUCAAUCCUAAAAUAAACUAGAACUAAUUUUUGUCAAUACUACUACUACUACUACUACUACUACUACUACUAAUAAUAAUAAUAAUAAUAAUAAUAAUAAUAAUAGGCACUUUUUUUGCACUUACUGAAUGUACUUUUUGUAAUUACAUUACGUUAUAUAGAGACUUGACUAAAUGGAUGGUUAUCUUUAAUUGAUGAUAAGUAUAUUGAAUUACCAAAUAAUUUAUAAAUUUACAUUAGAAUAUGAGUUUUAUUUUGUUAACAAAUUACGUAUCAUUUUAAAUUCUAUAAAAUAAUUGUAAUUUAACAUAAAUCUAAUAGAAGACAUUAUCAAGCUAUAAUAACAUAUUAACCACUUUGAAAUAAACAAUUUCUUCUUCAAAUGCUGGGAAAAGAACCAUUGUUUCGUUGAAGAAGAAGAAGGAGAACAGAAGAAAGGAAAGUAUCACUGGACUGAGCACAUAAUACCGUGAAACACUAAAAGAAUUUUUGAACGUAGUUUACAACUCGUUGAAAGUUUUUACGUAUACACGUUUAUGUUUACAUCAAUCUCCCAACAACGUAAUUCAUCCGAACGGGAAGAACUCAAUUCUCCAAUUCCUGAAUAUUAUUUUCACAUAGGAGAAUACUUACUUACUUACGCCUGUUGCCCCACAUCGUGGAGAAGCAUGGGCUCACCAUUAGCAUUUUCCAUCCAACUCUGUCCUGGGAAAUCUUUUCCAAUUGGUUGCAGUUGCUAUUCAUCCUUUUCAUGUCUGCUUCCAAUUCGCAACACAGUGUGUUCAUUGAUCUCCCUCUUUUCCGUUUCCCUUCAGGAUUCCAUGUUACGGCUUGCCUCAUGAUGUUGUUUGAUAUAAUGUAUGUAAUGUAUGUCCUAUCCACUUCCAACGUCUUCCCCUAAUUUCCUCUUCAAAUGGGAGCUGGUUUGUUCUCUCCUUCUAAGAUAUUCUGUAAUUUUAUGUUCAAAUACAUUCGAUUGUUUCCACUUGUGUUCUUGUUCACUGCACUAGUUUAUCUCAGACUUUUUACUCAAUUUCUUCAGUCUGUACCGAGAUUUUAUCGCCUGAAGUUAAAUAAUAACUUUUUGUAUUAUAAGUGUUCAGGAGCCUACAGGUUUUGUAGAUAACUUCUAUAUUCCCUUACGAUACGUUACUGAGUGGGGCCUGACGAUAGAAAAACCACUUAUCUCUAUGUCCUAACGUCUCGCUCGAUAGCAGAAAGUUUAUGUAGUAUUUUUUUUAUGAUUAAAACUUAUUACUGAGCUAAAAUAUAACUACUGAUAUACAUUUUCAACUAGCAUGAAACUACGGUGGAAAAUGAUUGAAUAAUAUCCAUUAAUCUCUAAAUUGGUUAAUCCUUACAAUUUAACUUUUUAUGUAGAUGAAUUGUGAGUUUUAAGUUCACUAAACCUUGGAGAAGUUAUUGUAACCAAAUAUCACAAACCAGAAUUUAUUUAAGCGAAUAAAAGCUUGAAUAAUCUAAGGCUAUCACAAAGGCUCCCUGCAGAUUUCAAUUUACUAUUACAUUCAACUUGAAUCUUUCUAAUCCACAUUAAAAGUUAAUGUCAUCCAUCAUUUGAAUAACAACUCUUUUUAUGACAAUCUUCAUUACAUCUCUUUCAUCAGUUUUAGUGUACUAUUUCAUAGUUCUUGUCUGUAUUUUUAACUUUUCAUCAUAAUUGUUUAAAAGGUUAAAUGUCUGAAAUUGUAAUUUCAUUGUUCACUUGAAAAUAAAAAUAAUAAAAUUAGUUUCAGAAGAGAGGUUUGUGGAGAUUUUAGUAAUUUCAAUAGUUGAAAUCAUAAGUCAAUUGAAGCUAGACUACCAUGGAAAACCUGGAAGUACUGGACGGCCGUUUCAUCCUAGUGUGGAGCUCCUCAGCAAUGCGCAUCCACGAUUUCGCCCUGCUGGAUUCAAACCUAGGACCACAGAACCUUAACCUCUAGACCGCUGAGUCGACAUCCAACCGUGUUAAUAUCUAACUUCAACCGAUUCACGAAACUGCACCACCGUCCACUAUUGUUUUAGUUUCAUUGUAUAUCUUCCUAUUAUUAAUAUCACUAUCAAAACAAAGAUACUUAAAAAUUAUUAUUUUAUAAAAAGGGGACUUUUCACUAUCUAUUCAAACCAUAAACUUAAUCACUAGAAUUACCAUCCAUACUUAUUACAUACCGCUCUAUAUCAUUAAUUUACUUGGUAGUAUCUCUUGUAUUUAUAUGUAUAUAUUUAGACAUAACAGACUUUUGUGUAGGACGGAACAGUAUAGAGAAUUUUAAUUUUACGAGCAUAGUCUGUUUGGUAUUUCUGUCUAUCACCAUAGUAUAUUGUUUGAGAAAGGAUUGUCUUUAUUAUACGCAUAGUUCCCUUUUGAAAAGAGCUCUUUUUGUCUUGAUUAUAUUGGAUAUAUUGUAAAAUAAAUUAUUUUAGGAAUAAAACAGUAAUUGAAUUGUACAUAGGACUAUGAUUUGUAUAGGACAACUUUUCUUGACAUUAUUUAUGGUUUUAUAAACCUGACAAUUAUUUAUGUUACAAUAAAAACCAUUUUAUAGCUAGUCUAUUGUUUAGAAGACAAUAAACCUUUUUUUAACAAUUUAGUCAGACUACUUUUAAAAAAUGAGUAACAUAAAACAUCACGGUGUAAUUUUAAUUUCUAAUUCCUAUAAAAAUUUGAUGAGUUUAAUCAAUUAUUUCCUUGAAAUUUAGAUUUAUCAUAUAGUAAAUAAGCAGUUGACAUGGUUAUUUUCAUGGAUAACAUUCAAACUACACAUCUAAAUGCUCUACUUGUAAGGUUCUAAAUAUUAUUUCAUACACAUAGUUCCCUUAAUUAUCUUAAAAAAAGCUUAUUCAACUUAAAUUCAAAAGUGAUAUCACAAUGUCAAUCAAUAUGAGACUAAAAGCUGCAUUGACAAGAACUUAUCUUGCAGCUUAAAUGAUUGUUUUGUCCAAAAUAACAUGUUCUUUAACACAAUCGGAGGUCGAUAGGUAUCCUUUUCAUGUUACCACUAAUUGUGUAUAUAAAUUUACAUGUAUCUGUCAAAGCAGUUACAUUUAUAGAACAGGAAGGAGAGUCUUCAUUCGACCCAAAGGACAAACCCCUGUCUGGGGCUCGUCAGCCGGACAUACCUGUAUGAGUUGACGUUCACUACGGGAGUCGAACCCACUACAUUCUGUCACAAACACUACCGCGUUACCCACCUAGCUACUGAGUCAUGAUAGCUAUCUGCUUGUGUAAUUGGGUGAAGUCUGAAUUCACUUGGUGCUGUUUACUUGAAUCUUCCCAUUGCUGUUUACUUUAUCAUAAUAAAAAAUUAUAUCAUUUUUCAUCAAAAGUCACUAAAUGAUUAUUUAAACCAAAUAUUUUUUUUGCUUUUCGUGGGAACGUUUUAGGAAAAAAAGAGUAUCACUUCAAAGC